CAAAUAAAUAUACUAUUUUAAUUUCAAGUACAAUUAUAAUAAAUUCUUUUAUUAAUGCCUUGCUUUUGAUAAUAGUUAUACUACUAGUGUGAAUAAUAACUCUUGUACGACACUUAAGUAAAAUUUUACAAAAUUAAUUUAAUCAUAUAAAUCAAUAAUUUUAAAUGUCAAAAAGAAAGAACGAUUUUUGUUGUCCCAAAGAUGAUAUAUAUAACUCAGAAAAUAUAGAUACUUUUAAAAAAGAUUUGAAGGAUUUAGUUGAAUCUAAUGGUGAUACUUUAUUAGCAAAUAAUUCUAUAAGUAUCAGUUAUCGCAAUAAUGAAGAUGAUUCUCAUAAAGUAAUUAAUGAAAAUGAGCAACCUCAUGAGACAAUUAAUGAAAAACGAAAAGAUUAUUUAAGUUGGGAUGAUUUUUUUAUGGCUACUGCUUUUCUAGCAGCCAAACGCAGUAAAGAUCCUGUGACUCAAGUUGGGGCAUGCAUUGUUACGCCUGAAAAAAAAAUUGUUGGAACUGGUUAUAAUGGAAUGCCAAUAGGAUGCAAUGACGAUGAUUUUCCAUGGGGUAAAAGUAGUAGCUCUAAAAUAGACAAUAAAUAUUUUUAUGUGUGUCAUGCAGAGAUGAACGCCGUUUUAAACAAAAAUUCAGCCGAUGUACGUGAUUGUACCAUAUAUGUUGCAUUAUUUCCUUGUAAUGAAUGUGCAAAAAUAAUUAUACAAUCGGGCAUCAAAGAAGUUGUAUAUUUGUCAGAUAAAUAUAGCUACAAGUUGGAAAUGAUAGCAGCCAAAAAAAUGUUUAAUGCUUCUGGUGUAAAAUAUAGACAGCAUAUUCCAUCUACACAAAAACUUGUAUUAGAUUUUUCAGAAAUUAACUCAAAUAUGACUCAAAUGCCAGGAACACCAUUCAAAACAAAUUAAAAAUGAAUACUUAAUUAUUUUAUUAUUUUUUAACAUUAUUGGUCUAUUUUUUAAAAUUUUAUAUUUGUAUUGCGUAACCUGUUAUUACACAUACAUAUUGGCGUAAAUUGUUAGUCAUUAAGAAAAACAUUUUUUUGCUCUGAAAUUACUUAUUUAUAAAUGUAAUCAUUGACGCCCUAGGGCAAUCAUAUAAUUGGCACCCAAUAUAUUAAAAAAUAAAACAUCUUAUGCAAAAUAA